GGUGGGCUUGGACCUGCCAGCGUUUGCUCCUGGUGGGGUGGGGCAGGAGUCAGCACAGCUAAGGGAGGUACCAUCACGCCCCCGCUCACCCCACUCAGUGUUCUGACCCACCGCGGGCUCCUCCAGCUACACCCCUCAAGUGACAGCCAUUGGGCUCUGGGCCAGUGCCCAUCAGCUCCUAAUUCCCAGGCCCGCGCCUGCGGCCAGCCUCCCCAGCCCGGGGAGGCCUGAGGCCCAGGGAGCUCGGGGUGCAUAGGUUUUUGAAGCUGCGGAAUUAGUGCACUCAGAUUGGGCAGAGAGAAGGGGGACAAAGAGGAAUGUGGCUGGAGUGUCCCUGCCCCAGACUGGGACACACUCACCGAUGGGUUGGAGACAAGCCACCCUCACAUCGCCUCUAGCUACCUGAGUGCCCCUAGUCCCCUGGGCCUCCAGAGCAUACAGCCCACCCGUUCGCCAGGGCCCUGGCACCAGAGCCCGUCUUGCCCAGCCCUGCCCCUCGCCUCCUGCUAUCCCCCAGGUUCUUGGCUGGGUGGCCAUUUUCAGGGGCCUGUCCUUGGCCCCAUGGCUCACAAGGUGCAGCACCCACUGCAGCUGCUCACCAGGCCCCCACCCCGGCAGACCUCAGCCAGGCCCUCAGGGGCACCAAGGCUUGUGAGACUCAGAGGUGAGCGUGAGCUCUGGGAGGCCUUCCUGGAGGAAGGUCCCUGGGGGCUGUGCCUGAGCUGAGGGCUGGGGGCCGACAUCCCAGAGGACCUGCCAGAACCACGCCUCCUCCUGCUGCAGGGCAUCUGGCCCCCUCCCCAGGAGGAAACAGGGGAUUGGGCGGGUGGGAUGGAGGCAGCUAGGCCAGGGCGCUGCAGGGUGCAACUUGAUCGGCAGCCUAUCACAGUGGGCCCUGGCCCAGGCCUCAGGCCGACUGCCCCGGGGCAUCUCAGGGGCAUAAAGCCUGAGCUGGAGAGGCCAGCCCAGCACCCCUGCCCUGAGCCAGAGUCUCCGCCGUCGCUGGGACCGACCUCCCUCCAGGAUGCUGCAGAUGCUGCAGAUGCUGCUGACUGGCUCCAUCCUUGCCCUGCUCUGGGUGUCCUCAGGCCAGGCCCAGGUCCCCAUCCAGGCUGACUUUGAUGCCAACCAGGUGCGCCCAGGCAUCCCCAGGCCAGACCCAUCCCCUCCUCCUUAUGGACGACUCUCUGGUCCUAGGGGCCUGGCUGCAUUAUACCCAGGGAGGCUGGAGGGUCAGGGGCAGCCCAGCCCUGCCCACACUCUCCCUGAUCCUGGCUCAGCUUGAGUCCGGGGGCCAGGGGAGAGAGCCCCCAUCCAUCUGCCUCAUCCAUUUGUCUCAUGGGUGGGGUGGGCUGGGGCGGUCAGCAGCCCUCCGCCCAGCCUCCAGGUUGUGCCCAGCACCACUCCCCAGGGCCUCGCACUGGGACGAGCUCCAGCUGGCCCCUAUCAGGUCGAUGUGGAUGCAGGGUCUGCCCCCCAGCUCUCCCUGCACCUUCCCUGCAGUUCCAGGGCACCUGGUACAUGGUUGGGGUGGUGUCGGACGACCAGGGCUUCCUGGACUCCAGGGACAGCAUGAAGAUGCCCGUGGUGUUGGUGACUUCCUUGGCCAAUGGCGACCUGGCUCUCAAGUUUGGGUACUCCACGCCUGAUGGCAGCUGCCAGAAGAUGGACAUGACCCUCAGCAAGGGUGCCGUGGAUGGGCAGUUCAGCAAUGCCGCCAUGGCGCAGACCGACGUCCGAGUCGUGGUCACCGACUACAAGCACUUCGCCGUGCUGUACUUCGAGACACAGAAGGGGGGCGUUAGGAACGUCUGGCUGCAGCUCUACGCCCGAGCCCCAGAGCUGUUUCCCGAAGGUGCUCAGAAGAUGCAGCAGUUGGCACCCCAAGUGGGCCUGAACCCCAGCCAGGGCGCCAUGCUCCCCAAGUCGGACCAGUGUGCUGGUGCCUUCUCCUAGGUGAGUACCAGGGGCUGGCCUGGACACCGCCCCCCCCCACCAGAUCAUGCAGUGCCCAGCACCCUGCCUACCAAUGGAGGCCCCUCCUGGCCAGAGGGCUGCACUGUGGGAUCCUCUGUCUUGGGGGUUGGGAUACGGGUGGCACCACAAAAAUCAAGACAGGACAGCAGGCAGCGAUGGGGAGGGAUAGGGUAGGGUCCGGGCCUGGACCCAGAGAGGGCAGCGGACGCCACCCACCCCCCACCCCUGCCCCCUUGUCUGCAGUGAGGGGUCGAGCCCAGGAGUGCCUGCAGGACCUGCCGCUGGGUGCUGCUCCACCUACGGAGCCUCCCCAAAGAGCGCCCUCUUCUCCCCGCCCCUCCCCCAGCAUAAUAAACAAUCUCCCACAGUCAAGCUUG